AACGCCUGCAUGAAAAACGUCGCGCAAUUUACGCAAAAAAACUGUAAGGCGGCUUCUUCUGCAAUUACCAUCAUCCUCGAAUUAAGUGUAUCACUUUCUUCAUCGCGUUGCAACAAUACCAGCGACACUAUGCGCGUUUCUUCAAUGAAGCAACGAAAGAGAACACCCAUGGCCCGGACCGAUGGAGGGAAAAAGAUGGGCACAGCGGAAGAAAAAUUCACACUUUGUUUUAGUGGCUUCACGUGGUCAGCUAAGUCAUUAAGCUCGAAGGUGCAAACGAAGACGGUCGUUGGAAACUUCGCGCCGAGGAAAACAUCACGCGUGUGAAGACGUGUUCGGGCCUUUGUUGACGAACCGAAAUGUAGUGUCUUUUUGGAAUUGUGCUCGAAAAAUCAGACUAACUGUUGCGCUCCAAGAACUUUCCCCGACAUUUUCAGACAUGAGACAAAGAAGCAGAUGGAAGCCGCUCAGCUGCCUGCUGCUGUUGGCCCAAGUGGCAUCAGCCGCCAACUUCGAAGAGGAAUCCGCUCGCAACCGAAACGCUCAAAAAGGCCUUUUUUCGCCUCGCAUGGACUACAACCAAUGGAAGCCGUUGGGCAGAGGAGACCCGCUGAAGAAUGACCCAACAUUCGACUACGUGCCGCCUGCCCUGGACAGGGUGCACUAUUGGGUGGACACUGAGCCUCAUCCCCAGGACGCGUCCAGCUCUAGUCGCGAUCCCAGCCACAAGAGCGAAAUUCUCCUGCUGGGCGUUGCUUCGAAGAAACCUGCCGUCCCGUCCGGGUUCAACCAGCAGGCCAUCGACCGAAGAGACUCGUACCAUGAGUUCUACAGCCCCAACCAGCGAAUCGCGCGCCCCAACUACUUCCCUUCCAUGACUUCCCAGAUUGUUCCCAACCUGGUGUCGUUGGCCAAUCAGGUCCUGGACAGGACGUUGUUCUCCAAAGUGCCCUACACUGUUCUGAUGCCGCCUCCAAAGGAUCAGCACGCACUCACCAGCCCCAUGACGCAACGACCCCACUUCAGCACCCCACUCCCGCAGGGAGGCUCCGGAGUAACCGUGGAAGAAUCCAACCUGGUCUAUCAGUCGAGCAGCCAUGGGGGCUUGAAGGACUUUGAGGCUGUGCCCUCGAUCAGCUGGGAAUUGCCUGCAACUACUGAGGCAAGCUUCAUGCUGGCGCCGCCCAAGUCGUUCAUGAGAAUCCAGUUUGCGCCUCAGAAUUACUCGAACAAAAUCCUGGAGGCGUCGGGGAGCAAUCAGAACAUCAACUAUGUGACUCCGCCCCCUUUGGCGGACACCCACAUGACCUACAAGGGGCAUGUGAGCGACGACAACGACAUUGCGGACAGUUACGUGAAAAUUGAGAAGCCGCAGGCCCAGAUGGACCAUAUGGGGGUGGAGAUCAACAACGUCCAUCCAAUGCCCUUUAGGGCGACUGGCGAGUACAAUUCAAUGCAGAUGAUCCGCGAUAUGGAAACCCUGCAGCCCCCACCAGUCACCCACAGUCCAGUUUACGUGCAAUCCACCAACCCAGUAGUGAGGCUGUUGGAGAAGGAUUUGCCCAGGACGACCCCUAAGUCCCUCCCAACCUCUCCGGAGCCAACCACCAUGGAACCGAUCAGCACAAUUACUCCGGAGGACUUUCCGGAUGCAUCCACAACGGAAGUGACCACCAUGCAAACCCUCACCACCGAUCCCUUGUUCAAACACUACAAGCAGCCGAUCGAGCCAAUGAAAGGGCCGCUCUACCUCAUCAUCCAGGGCCACUCGAAGGUGAAGACCUACAAGCCGGCCAAUCAGAUCGACGGUGUGCCGGUUCAGGAGACCAAUGAGAUCCCCUACAAUGUGGACUUCAGCAUCAAGCACUUGCACGGCUUUGAACAGCAGGAGGAUUUUUUGAAGAACGCUGAAAUCCUAGCGAGGAAGCGGCAGGCGCGCAACGGGAACCUGCAGACGUUGAAGCAUUUGGUGCAGACCGGGUUCGGAAGGAUUGACGUCGAGCGGGAGCAGACGGAGCUGAAGAGGCGCAGCGACGGAGAUGUGGGGGAGACGGAGCUGAAGAGGCGCAGCGACGGAGAUGUGGGGGAGACGGAGCUGGAGAGGGGCUACGAGGUGGUGGACGGCACUGAGCUGACCACUGAGCGGUACAUGAAGGGGAUUGUUGAGGAGGCAUGAGAGCAGUGUUUGCAUUUUUGUAAAAUAAAGUUUAAAUUCAG